GCAUUGACUCUGAGACUCUCACACGGACAGCACAGCUCCAAGCUACUUUUUAUAUAAUUCCACUUAGUUACAUUUUAUUAGUUUUAUUUUUUUUUACACAGCAACACGUACUAUUUUAUACACGUAUUUCAUUCUAAAUUCUCGAUGUAUCUCCAUAGCAUCUGCUCACGUUUGAAAACAAUAACACACAAAAUGACAUCAAAUCUAACUGGCACUACUCGUACACCUAGCGAAGCGGAGCUGAAGCAAUGUCCACAUUGCAAUCGAACAUUCAAUCCUAAGGUGUUGGCCAAGCACGCGGCCAUCUGUGGGAAUGUGCUGAAGAAGCGUCAAGUGUUCGAUUCUUCUCGGCAGCGUCGCGAGGGCAUUGAAUACUUCAGCUUUGGGACGCACAACAGCGAGCUGACGCUAGAUGCUGCACAUGGACCAACAUCGCCGCAGUCGAAAUCAAAGCUGACGCGAGCUACUCUCGAACAGACCUUGGACGCACCUACUCCAAAAGCUAAAGAAGUUGCAUCCCCGUGUAAACCGGAGUCGCCGGCAUUAGCCAAGCGCAAGGCAACGACAACAGCGACGGUAACGGCAGCAAAUGUUCCCGGAACCAGCUCGUCCAUUAACCGGGAUUGCACACUGACGAAGCGUUGCGCGAACGUUGCCUUAGAACGUUGUCCGCACUGCGAACGCAGCUUCAACCUCAAGGCCUACGACAGCCAUGUGGCAUGGUGCAAGGAGAAGGCAGUCAUAGCCGCCUUCACUGUCGGCUGCAGCAACGAGGACACCAUGAAUGCCAAGAAACGCAUGGAUGCACGCAUCAAAUACAAGCCACCGGCUGUGAAGACCAAGCGUUUAAGCAAUCCACAAGCAAACAAUUAGGCGGAUGUUAAUGGUUUUCUCAGUAUUCAAAAAUUUCGUCAAAUUCUAAAUUCCAAAGAUUGACCAUGAAUAACAAACUAGCUGAAACUAGGCACUGCACAAAUUAUGAAACAAUGCACAGGCAAGAUUCUACAAACAAAAUCUUUUCAUGGAAAACUGGCGAGUGAGCGGAGACCAGAUGAACAUCAAGUAUGCAUAAGCUAAAUAUGUAAGCUAUAUGAUGAUAGUUGUAUGCACUGCGAACACUUUAAAGCCCGAAACCCAAAACUGACAACUUGGCGUCCGAGUCGAGAGUGAGACUUUUUAAUUAUUGUUUCCAUGUUGCGCUCUCUUUUGUUUUAUGUCGCAUGUCACGUGUCACAUUGAAAGUGGAUGUUUUUUUUUUUGGUGUUCGAGCUUGCAGUUCAAAAACCAAAAAAUAAACCAAAUGCGGCCCAAACCAUGAAUUAUGAGCCACGAACCCCAAGUAACCAAAACUGAAACUCGAGAAUUGAGAAUCCCAUUGCUGCUGUCGUCCAAUUGAAAUGAUUUUCUAUCAUGACACAUGAGAGCGCUUCAUAAGGUGCUGAAUAAACCUGCCUGUGUAUAAUUUUUCACGACAUAGACCCACAGAAUAAUAAUCUGGCGUGUAA